AUGUUGCGAAACAUGAUGUUUCACAUCAACACGUGGUCAAACAACUCUUGGCAUCUCUGGUUUCCCUCAUUUCUUCGCCAGGGGGGGAAGACAUCACCAAACACUCCCGAAGAGUGGCUCAAGGCUCGGGAACAGGAGAGGGAAUUCUGGACUUCCCGGGAUGAGCUGACGGAGCAGCGCAAACGGUUUCAAAAACUGCUCGGCAUGGAUGUGAACAAUAUUAUACAAGCCCAAUGGUUUCGAGGGGUGCGCAAUCCCCCCGAGGAGCACCUGGCCGUGGACAAGGACGGCUCGUCUUUCUUCGGCGCAUUGGCUUUGUCUCUUCCAUUGAUGCACUACCAGCUCCGAAAUGGAGACCUGGUUGAGCAUGAAGCGGCCUUGUCUCAACGACCCCCCGAACAAAGUUGGCCUCUCGCCACCAUGUUGACCCUCAUAAGCAUGUUCACAGAUCAUCCUGUUAGGCCUUCCCGCGACUAUAGCCUGUUGGUUAAUCAGGGCCGUUUUUUCCACUAUUGGGAUGGCAUAGUAAAAAUUAGGGAUAGGGUGGGCGAGGGGAAAGAAUGGUUCAUCAAGAAUUUCUUGGGGAAUCUCCAUCGCCACCACUCCCUGAUGCUACAAGAUGUGGAGAACCCUCACAAACCUGCUCUCAGGUGGCUCUGCCAACAAUUUAGCCCCAAGAAGGAGACACUUGAGGAGGGCAAGGCGAAGUGGGACAGGAAACCGGAAGAACUUUUCGUAUCGUAG